AUGUAAUCUAAUAGACAGUUAUUGAUUUUCAAAACCUAUGACAUGUUGUAAAUCAAAUUGCUAAAUACUUGACUGGCCAUACUGAAACUUGUUUUCAGUCUUGCUGACUCGAGAAAUCUGGGUGUCUGUAAUUGGUUUAUUUGCUAGAAAACAUGCAGACGGUAAUAACAAAAAUGUCAGAAAUCUACUUUUACUGGUUUGUCCUUCAUCAAAACCUGCGAUUCUUUGUUUGCCAGUCUGCUGGUUUAAUUUACGACGUCUUACAAUGAAAUGAGACUACUGUGUACAGGUAACAAGAUCUUACAUCAAUUUGGCCGUUGUUAUCUUACUAUAAUAAAAACCCAUGGCUCCCAUCUUGCUAAUUUCGUUAUGCGUUGGGUUGAUUUGAUUUACACAUAAAGUAGUCACAAAAAAUCAGAUAGACAUACUGAAGGCAUGAUUUUCAUUUGGAAUACUGCUAUCAGUUGGAAGGGAGCUUUAUCCUUAUCACGAAACUGAGGAGUCUAUGUUUACAUUUUGCCCAUAUUGAUGUCUGAAAUACGAAUGGGAUUGCUUAGUGACACAACUUGAGCGGUUUUCAACUUUAUGAACUACAAGUUAAUGACCAUUGCUGAUCGGAUCAAAAAAAUUCUUGGAUAUUUAUCGCAGAAAAAAAAACACCUCAUCUCGUACUUAAAAUUUCUGGAUAUUUAACCUGCUAAAACACUGAAGAGGCAUAAUUUCUUGGCGAAAUAUUUCACAGUUGCGAGGUCGCUCAACAUAACUGCUUUUCAGUUUUAUUUUAUUCAGUACGUUUCCAUGGAAGCAAGUUAAAAAUCACCUCAGCCGAACAAUUUAAAAUGAAUUUUAAAGGACAUAGAAUUCAUACAAUAUAAUUAGGCAACAAUAAAUUAAGCGGAGAAACGUCACAAAGGCUCUAUACAAAUUGAUAUAAAUGUUCGUUGGAAAACUGCUUAUUCUGAAAGAAAUUAAAGAGAUCCUUAAUCGUCACUAACAAAAGGUGUUUUCCAUGUACAAUUUUCAGAAUAUUAUACAUUACCGUCUGAAGAUAUUUUAAUAAUUCAGCAUUGUGUCUUAUUGUCGUUUUCAAGCUCAUAAGAUGCAAAGUCAAAUUUUAGUGCAUUACACCGCAGUUACUACGAAGCUGCCACGUUCAAUGGCUGUAACCACAAAAGCUGAAAUGAUCUUGAUGUUGAGUAUACUACUCUUAAGUACAACAUGGUUUGUCAGAGCAGAAGAGGGCCCAGUGUUCAAAAUCGUACCUUCAUCAAGUAGCGAUAGGGAAGGCGACCAGAUCAUUCUCUCUUGCACUGUAGAUAUUAACACUCUAUCGGAAGGACAAGAAGUAGUAUGGCGACGCGACAAUGAGAUCAUCAGUCGUGGAAUAAAUGUCAUAGAAUUAUACAGAGACCAUUUUGAAUUGAACGGGAACUCAGCAAGUCUUGGAAUGUAUACACUGGUGAUCCCGAAAGCGAGUCGAUCAGAUGGGAACUAUGGAUAUUCUUGUGCAGUUGUUGAAGGGAAUACCAUUCUUACUGAAACUGAUCCUGUUACAUUGACAAUAAAUGCCUUACCAGCACCUCAGUAUCCAGACUGUACAUUAGUUAAGGAUCAGCACCGUGAAGGAGAAAUGAUAACGCUAAUAUGCACUUCCGAGAAAGUCACCCCUCCAGUGAAUCUGAGAUGGUAUCAUCGCGGGAAGUUAAUUAGUAAUCCUAGGGAGGGCCCAGCGAGUAAUGGCGAUCUGGUCAAUUCUCAGUACUCAUUUAAACCUACUCGAAAAAAUAAUGGAGACGUUUAUGUUUGUAGCCAAACUUCGUCCCUUCAGGUCACACGAAAUUGCACAGUUGGACCGCUUGACAUAUUACAUGAGCCGUCUGUAUCCAUGCAGCCAGCGGUUGAAGUACAAGAAGGAUCUGAGGCCUUGUUGGUUUGCUAUGCUUCAGCCAACCCCGAGCCAUUUCUGUAUGAAUGGACAUUUGUACCAAAUAUAGAUCCUACGUUUUAUAAACUUGAAAAUACAGACCAAGUGGUACGGAUAACUAACGUGAGGCAAUAUAUGAACGGAACAAAGGUGACGUGUAAGGUUGCAAAUAAAAUUGGUGCGGUCCAGGCAAAUUCAUAUCUGAUUGUCAAGGAAGCUUUAAACUUAGUUGACCCUCCUGUGGUACAGACAGUAGGAAAUGCCGAACCUAAUAAUCGGGUGAUAAAUUCAACUGCAAUAUUAUCUGUAGCUGGAGGAUUACUUCUGUUCACAGCUUUACUUGUUGGAGUAUCACUCUGUUAUUUUCACAUGUGUAAACGUGGAAUGCAAAUUUAUGAGUCACCUUUUCGCAUUGCUCAGCCGGAGGUUUAUUUCGAACCAAAGGAUAAUGUACCACCACUACCACUCUAUCCUCGUGAGGGCGUUUAUCUGAAACGACAUGUUGCAAUCCAAGUAUCCCCUGAUAUGGAUGAUGAAUCAGUUUAUGCUGAAAUUGAAGAAGUCAGCUACAAGAAAAUGAUGCGGUAUUCCUCCGCAACAUACUCGCACUGAUAUUUUACAAGCUCAAUCUUAAAUUACUUAUAAUUGAUUAAUUAACACACAGAAUAAGAAUUCAAAGGUUUAUGCGGAAACUGAAGAAGUCAGCUACAAGAAAAUAAUGCAGUAUUCCAUCGGACUGAUAAUUUUUACAAGCUCAAUUUUGAAUUACUUUGAAUUGAUUACUUACAUCCAGAAUUCAAAUUUUCCUAAUUUUUUAAUAGGCUGCUACUGACAUUUCACUGUAAUUUACCAAAAAAUCCAUACAAUCUCUGACGAAACUGAAUUUCAUUAUUAGACAAAUGGUUGCUACAUAUUAAAUUAUUAUUGUCAAUGCUUGCAAUAUAGAGUAUUUAUAAAGAGAAAAAUAUUUUUUUAUUUGUUUUCCCAUUUAUUCCAUUAUCUUUAAUAUAUUACCUUUAUGCAUUUCUUUUAAUAACACGGUGUUAAUUAUCAUUUGUUAUUUUUAUUCAAUCACAAAUAUAAUAACUGAAACAAGUAGACACAAGUAAAAAAAAAAAUUUUUUAUAAACAUUUUUUAUGCAAACAAUAUUUGAAGUUAAACUUUAAUAAUGCUUGACUUAGGUUUUGGUAGCUUAAAAUAUGAUUUAAUAAUUCAUUAGCCCUUGAAUGUGGGUGGGUCAGUGGGUGUGUCUAAGGUAAAUAUGGAGCCAUGAGCUAUCCUAUAACUGAGAUGUACAGCAAUAUAUUCAACAGGCAUGAUAGGAUUACUGUAAGCUUGUAAUAAAUAUAUUAUCAGUGUCACCUUAACUCUUGAAGCAUAAACAAUCAUUUUUUGUCACCUUAUACCAGAUUAAAACAAAGAUGAAAUGUUACACAGGACAUACGCUAAACGUUAUAGAAGAUGUUUCUACCAAGAUAAAAUCAUCUUUACACAAGUGAAUAAAAACAUUGUAUAAAGUCGGUAAAAUCGAUAUGUAGACAGUGUAGAUACACAUAAACAUUAAAGUGAAAAACACACUGUGAGCAGUGUUCACCAAUCUCUGCUAAAAGCUUCAGGCAUGUCACCAGCACUGUGACUUCUAUUUUUCUUCUUUGAUAUUAUAUGUGGUAAUCUUACACGGAUGCGCAUUUAUAUGGACACAAAGUGGCGGUGGAUGCGUACUAAAUAUCCACUAGCACGGAUCCCGUGUAACAUUUUAUAUUGUGUUUAGAAAAUUUAUCAAACAUAAAAUGCUGAGAUAAUACAUUCAGAGCAGUAGCAACCAACAACAGUAAAAAGGAAGCUAAAUGUAUUUGUUAAUUCUGUAUCCAUAAUCGCCUAGAGACUUAGCCCUCAUCUCCCAGUGCUUUUCUCUGUACACUGAUCAGAGCAUAAGCCUCCAAUUUCAAAGCUUUUCCCCUCCUGAAUGUACGUCCUAAAGCAAAUGCUGAAUCACAGUGUAAUGUAAUGACAAGAUAACAAAAACAUGAAUUUAAUAAUACCAUAAAAACAUUAUCUAAUGAUAAAUAUAGGGCAAAUAACAGUUGUUGGUCACAAAAAUUGUGGACAUAACACUGGUGCUACUUUUUAAAAUAAGUUUCUGAUUCUGGGUUUAAAACUACUCUUUAAUUUUGAGAUUCUUGGUGCUCUCUAUAACCCACAGGCAUAUAAGCCUUCAAGAGUAAUUCUUGACUGUGAAUCAUCAGCUUAUGAUUGAACUCUGAACUUUUAAAUUGAACGGUGAGCAUUUAUCAACCAAUAAGUCACAGUUAUACUUCACUCUACUAAGGAAGGUACUGAAUCCAAUACAUUUAAAAUGUAAACUGUAAAUGACUAUUGAUGGUAUCCCUUGUUAAUGUAUAUACAAUUCUGUGUUGUUUGAAAUAUAUGGAUGCCAUAGUUUCUGGAAUAUAAGCAUAUCCUUGAAAACAAAAUCAGGCUGAUUUUGUUGUCCAGUUUUGGGGCUGGGGAGGACUUCAUGAAGACAACAAAUUUGAAAAAAAAGUAAGAAUAUAGGCUAUGCAGGCAUUAUGCUAAAGUUGGAUAGGUCUAUAAUAGUCCUCCAAGGCUUAUGCCUCUCAAUUUUUUUAAUACCUCCUUGCUCAAAGUUAAGAAUUUCUGUUUUUAAAUGCUGAAAAUUAUGGGUGCGUUUAUACACAGGUAGAGCAUUUUUCAUGAACAAAGUUAAAUGGUAAGCUUAUAGACAGGGUGGGCUAAAUGCUCAAGAAAUUAUGGACAGUUAAACAGACAUGUAUUACAAGUUGCCUGUUCUGUGAACCUAGAAAUUAAAUGCACAUACUGUACUGUAUAUAUAUAUAUAUAUGGAUUAGAUAAAAGUGAGCACCUGGCCAAGCAUGUUAUUCCAUAAGAUAUGCUAAAUGCUGUCACAAUAACCAUAAACGUAGCAUUUUUAAUGAAAUUACAAUUAAUUAUUGAACGUUGAAAGGCUUGCAAUCAUGCUAAUGUGCUAUAAAUUUAUUUUGGAAGGAUUUCAAUUGAGAAGGUAAUGGAUACAAUUUUCUUACAAAAUUCUUACAAAUUACAAUGUAGGAGUAUUAUCCAAAAAAAAUGUACAACUUUUAUGAUAAUUUCUCUGUUAAUUCAAUAAAUAUUCAUACUUUCAUCCAGUGUCAUAUAUAUCUGGGAUUGCCAUUGGGGAGGGAAGGAGAGGGGGAGGGCAUUUGGGAGAAGCUGAUUGAGGUACAAUGUGAGAGAGUGCUAGAUAUGAGAAUUUAGUGACAUGGGAUGAAAAUAGAUGAAAAAUUAUUACAAAAUUUAAUUAUCAAAUAAACUUGCUCAUUUGAGACAAACAAUUGGAACACAUAAAUGAGUAGAUUUAAAAAAAUAUUUACCAUGAAAAAUACACGAGCAGAAAAUUUCUGCUAAAAUUUUUUCAGUGGAGACAAAUUUUUCCUGGGGAAUGCUUCUCACAUCCCCUAGGUACACCAUUCUGUGUAAAAUUUUCAUGUUACUUUGUGUCUCUCUGUAUACUCUUGUUGUUAAUUUGAAUGAACUCAAUA